CACCUUCCAUUUUUUAGCCUUAGUCGAGCACGUCGGUGGGGUGAUGCUGCUUCGCUGGCUGCUGUGGUGGGGGCGGCGUGGUGGUGGUGGUCUUCUCCUGGAAGAGGCGAGCAGAGAGUAGCAGCAGCAGCAGCGUCCAGAACGCAGAUUGCGCCCCAGCUGCGUUUCGGGCUACACCUGAGGAAGUGGAGGCGAUAAGCGCUGGCCGCCACCUCUGCUGCCGCUGCGCCUCCUCCUCCGGUCUGUAACCCAGAGCCGGGCUGUUGGGCUUCCAAAUGUAGCGCCUGCCCCGGCAAGAGCUGAGGGAGGGCCUGCAGUACCUCCACGACCCGCCCCCUCCCUCGCUCCCGCCUUCCUUUGAGGUACUAAAGGGAGGGAAGUCUCGCUGGAGGAGACAGAGGACCAGAAAGCGCAGCUUUUUUUCCCCGGGGAGGGGAGAUUAUAGCUAGCCCCUUCCAGAGAGAGAAAGAGUUGCGGGGGGACUUCCAUGGAAGGUAGGGGCGCGCGUGCGAGAGAGAAUGGUGUCGCGAGGAAGUGGGGGAAGGCGGAGCGUGGCGCCAGUGAGGGGGAGGGAAAUAAAUGGACUAGAUGACCCUCGGGGUCCCUUCCAACUCUUCAAUAAAUUAAUUGCUCCUCUCUUGCUCCCCCCUCCCUCUCUUCGCCCCCUUUCCGCUUCCCUCCUCUUUCGCGGGAAUUUGGUGAAAGUGGUGAUUAAGCGAGCAGGCCUACCUUCAAGGGUUGUGGUUGCUGACGAUCCCGUUCGGCGACCACAUCCCGUCGGCGAAGCGCCUUUUUCUUUUUUUGCGUGGGGAGCUUAGCCGGGUUGGGGGGAUAAAGGAGCCCUGCCUAGUUAAAGAGGUUAAAAAAACCCCAAAAACCUGCCGUGGCUCUUUAAAAAAAGAAAAAAGAAGGUUUGUUUAGCUUCUUACCUGAGCGCCUAGAGUGAGAGCUGAGGAUCACCUGCCUAGUUCCUUUCUGUGUCUCACAAGUGGAAGGGAGAGGACUUGCUGAUAAGGACUCUUCUCUGUUUCAUGUUUCGUCACCCAAACAGCAUAUUGGCUUUGAUCUCAUCAAGCUCCCACCUACUCCAGGACGGCCAAGCAGAAGAGGAACAGAAGGGGUUUGCCAUGAGUCGUUACAGCUUCUCCAAUCUUCUGGACUGGAUGUACGGUGGGGUGGACCCAAGCUUUGAAGGCAAUGGGGGUCCUGAGUGUGCUGCCUUCCUCCCCUGGCAACAGCGCCUGGUCGAGACCCUGGUCUUCUUAUGUGUGGGAGUUCUGGAGGUGGUGGUGUCCCUACAGAAGAUCAGGCGGACCCAUUCCAAGGAGGUGGGGGACCUGCUUGCUCAGUCUCGGAGGAAAGAGGAGAGCAUAGGGAAGAACCUGUUGCUGGUGUUCUUCUGCCUCACCUUUGGAUUGGAAGUGGGAUUCAAGUUUGCUUCCAGGACAGUCAUCUACUUGCUGAAUCCCUGCCAUGUAGUUACGAUGAUGCAGAUUUUUCUGCUUGCCUGUCCACCCUGUCAUCUUGCAAUGGUUCUCUUCAGGUUGCAGAUGCAUAUGCUUAAUGGGGCACUCUUGGCAUUGCUGUUUCCUGUGGUUAACACUCGAUUGCUACCUUUUGAAUUGGAGGUCUAUUACAUUCAGCAUGUCAUGUUGUACAUUGUUCCCAUCUAUCUACUGCAUAAAAGAGGUGUCUACACUCCUGAGCCAUCUUGCAAUUUCUGGUGGGCUUUAUUAUCUACUGGACUGAUGUUUGUCUACCACUUUAGCGUUUUACAAAUUCUGGGACUGGCCACACAAGUGAAUUUGAACAAUAUGCUGUGCCCUGCCAUCUCGGAUCCUUUCUAUGGCCCUUCGUAUAGACUUUGGGCAUCCGGCCACCAGACGAUCAUGACUUUGAUUCAUGGGAAACUCAUAACUGGCAUCUUCCACGGUGCUGUUCCUGUCUUUAGGUUCUGUGUGGAUUUGCUUCGACUCCCAGCUAAGAAAAUCUACUGAAGCUUCUUCUUGGAAGGAAGUGGUUUUUUUAUAGGAAGCGUAAAAGGACUGGUGGGUGUGCUGCAGGAAAAAAGGGAAGAGGAAAAAGCACCGUGGAUUAAUGAUUCCUUUUGUUACAAAAUAAGGUGUUCCCUCCCAUUCUCAACUGACUACUGAUUUUUCACUGCCCAUAGCCAAUGGCAAAACUUGUGGCCUUAUCCACUGAGAGGGUGACAUUCAUUCCCAGCAGUUUCUAUCCUUUAGAAAGCAGAAUAUUGCUACUUUGGAUUGAAGUGUUCCAGGGUCUCCCAAAUCUUGGUAUAUGGUGUUCUCACUGCAUCCACUAGUUCUUAGUAGAUAUCACACAGGGUGGUGAUUAGGGCUGGGCAAUGUAUUGAUGCAUUGUCCAGAAUUAGUUUGCAGACCACAUUGUGAGAACCGUUUCAGAAUAAUUGAGCUGACAAUGUACUGUAUUGCAAAGCACAGACUUCACAACUCUAGAGGGCAGUAUAAUUGAGAGCCCUCUGGCAGCUGGUUGCCUGCCUUCCCUUUCCCCUCCAAUGGCAGAGCACUCUACUCCCAGCCUCAGCACCUCCCCGUAACACUAAUUGCAGUGUCUCUACACACUGCAGGAAUCUUGGCUGGGCUGUUUCUUCAUUCUCCCUUUGUCUAGGGAGGAGUGGAAGGAAUUUGUACUCCAAACAUGAGGACUUGCCUGCCUCUGAUAGGAGAAAUCUACAGUGUGCAUAGCACAUACCUACAGGUAUUUAGCUCCAUAACUGCUCCUUCACCUGAUCUCCCUCGUGGCUGCUCCUUCGGCCGAUCUUCACUCUCCCCAAACCUCCAUGUUUCAGACAUAAAUUGGAAUGUUGAAAACCAGAUAUCUACCAGCCCUAGUGGUGGUUCUUAUAUUUACCAAUAAAAUGCAGUUUAUUUUGUUCUGUGGGCACUGAGCAUCUUGUAGUAUCCUAUUUCUGCCAAUUUCACUUGGUUCACUUUCCACGUAAUCAUUAAUUGAUCAUGAUGUUUGGAAUCCCCUGAUCUUCAAUACAAAUUAGCAAGUUUCUGUUCUGUUUAAGCUGGUUGAAACCAUGGGGAACAAUUAACAGCCCACUAAAAGAAACAAGAAAUAAAGACUUUCUAAGCUACAGUGGAUUUGUGUCCCAGUGUGCUCAAAUCCAACCAUAUUGUAUUUGCUUCCAGCUCAUAGGUUGGUUUUCUAUACUGACAAGUGAAAAACAUGAAGAAGGGGGAAUGUAUGUAAUAAAUUUAGGGGAUGAAUUAUGGGGUGUUAUGCUCUUGAUACAAGCAAUGCCUGUGUAGGAAUAAUUGUUCUACAAAGAGACACUGUCAGUUUGGGUUGGUUAGAAUUUUACCCUUCUGCAAACUGAAACAUACAGUAUUUAAAAUUAAUGAUGGUGUUUACUUAAACACUCCUGAUGUUUAUGUUUAUGUUUAACCACUCCCAUGAAGAACUAGUUGGUUUGCCUGAGCAGAGGUGCAUAAUUUUUUUUAGGAAGCAAGUGCUUGCUGGUGACAAGUAGAAUGGAUUUUUGUUACUUUUUCAGUGUUAGCCCAGAUUUGAAGAGAAAGGUGAAGAAUGCUCCUCUGUAACCCUCUGAAGAACUAUUCUGCUUAAUGGUCACACAGUGUCCUGUAGUGACAAUGUUUUAAGCAUUCUCUUUCUCCCUCACCCCCCCCCAUUCUUUUGGUUGCAUUGCCUUAGUUUUGGAAUGCAAGAUACGACAACUGCCAUAUUUCCUCCAGGUAUAUUUCUCCAACAGGAUGUGUUCUGCAGUCACUGAUACCUCAAGGAGAGAGAAAUUGCCUUAAUGGUCAACAUUGCAGCUCAUUUCAUUCAACCAAGGGAAGAUGGUGGGAUGGAGAUUCGUGGAGCUGUGAAACUGCAAAAGACAUGACUGAGUAUUUUACUUCAGUUGACCAAAACUUGAAUAUUUAACUGCAAUUUGGCAUACAAAGAAGAGUAUCCUGGACUUUUGUCUUUGUAAACCUUUUUGUUUUGGGAAUAUUUGUAGUGUGUGAGGAAUUUUGUACAUGUUAUACUGUGAAUACUCUUUACUACCAUGAAUUUUAUCAAAAAUGCUUGUUGAUGAAUUCCUGUUUCACAGCCUGCUUUCAUAUGCCUAUUUUCUGCUUCUGGCAGAGCGCUGAAGGAGGGAGUCUUGCAUAAUAUUCAGUAAUCCUGUCCAGGGUUGCUUUUUGCAGUUGCUGUGGUGAAUCUUAAUGUCUAGGUUGUUUACUCUCCCAAAGUGGCAUAUUUAAGCAAAGGCAUACUACAGUGAAAUUCCUAAUAUAGCUGUAAUCCUUUAUAAUAGACAAGUAGACAGUAAUGUAGGAUUCAGCAGUAUAAAAUCUUAAGAGUACAAACGCUUGAAAAUUGUAAGCAAUUGUACCUGACCUUUUUAUCUGUUAGAAGAGUAGGUUUCUUUCUUUGAUCACAGUGAAGCCACCUAGCCCUCAGUGAUUACCCUUUUUGUACUAGUUUCCAGUUCUAUCAGUCCCUCCCUGGAGCAGAAAUAGUAGCUGUUGUUUUUUAGAUUUUGAAUGAAACUUCUGAAUUGACUGAGAGUGGCCAAAUCUUUCAACCCUGUGCCAUGUUGCUCAUCCACAAGGGGCCUAAUCCUUCUGCCUUACCUUUUCCCAGCCCCUUUCAACAAACAUGUUGGUGCUUCCUGAUCAUCUUAGUCGAUGCUUCAGAUUCUCCCUGGAAGUGAUUUGCCACUCUUAAAAAGUGCCAUGUUUUCUCCCACUGCCCUCUUUCAAGUGUUCCACCUAGUUUUGCUUUCAGAGGAGAUAGCUGAGCAACUUCAAACUUGUCACUAAGGCUGACACUCCUCUUCUGAGGUAAGCAAAAGCUGCAUUAAUGAUCAAUUUGACUGGGUUAAACACACACACACACACACACACACACACACACACACAGUUUCGGUGACAGCAUUACUGGUCUGGAUUAUCACCUGCCUGUUACUUGUGCCACAUACUUUCGUGACUGAUGAAUGGGAGGCUGCCACAUAUUCUGAGUAGCGCCUGCAUCAGUGUGUAGGGCGCUCCAUGAAAGUAUGCCCUUCAGGCACUGUGGCAUAUUCCAGUCUGCAGUUGUGAAUAUUGGUGAGUUGGGCUACAUUCUUGAAAUAAAAGGACUGCUGGUCAGUGUAGAACAAAAGUGUGUUUGGCUUCACUCCAGAGAAAGAGCUGCCAAGUCUGCUCUUGGUAGUUGCAGAAGUUGGCCAGCUCAUUCAGUAAAGGGACCUUCACCUAAUAAGAACUCGCUUUCUGAGUCAGUAUUCUACUUGGGUUUUCCUGAGUUUUACCUCCUGAAGCCAAAAAGACCCUUCUUAUAAACUUUUUUUGGGGGUGGGUGUUUUGUUUUAGUGACAGGACAACCCCCUUCCCUGUUAAGCACUUCCAAAAUCCUGAUUGGAGCCUGAAAUUUCUAGUGACUAGUCCAGAGUUAUGCACUUAUCUCUGUACCACUGGGGGAGAUUCUACAGCAGGGAUGAGGAAACUCUGGCCCUCCAGAUGUUGCUGGACUGCAACUCCCACAGUGCCUGCCCAUGCUGGUUGGCAUUGAUGGAAGUGGGAGCCCAAUAACACCUGGAGGGCCAUAGGUUCCACAUCCCUGCUCUUCACCACUACCAUAGGUAAAGCCUAAAGAAUUGCAUCCUUUGCCAAAAGGGGCUUUUCAAUUCUGAUAGGACAAUUUGUAACAGGUCACAGCUGGGGAGAAUUUUGAUAGAUGUGUUUGUCCAGUGCUUGACUUCCAGGGGAGUUGGGCCCCCUACCUACUUUGCCUUUUUAUGGUGUCCUGUUCAUUGAAGGUGGAGGCGUAAAUUGUCUUAAGGAGCCAGAGGCUAGAAUUUCAUUACAGGUUUCAUUACAGGCCUCGUACCUCCCCUGCCCCUAACUAAAGGACUGUCUUCAUUGUUUCUUUAGCUAGUUUUCAAGGCAUAGCAUUGCAAGGCAAAGUGUAGGUUUUGUUAGGAUAUGGUGCUUGAAGUAAGUGGGGUGCCGAAGUCUAUUGCACCUUAGCAGUGCUUUUUGCUUAAUAGAAAAAGGUGCUGGCACUAUGAAGUUGUGCCACACUUUUUAACAUUUUUUUGAGGACCCAUAGAAAAAAGCACUGCACCUUAGAAUGCCUGUGUUGCUGUGCAUUGUGGAUUUUUACUCCUCCACUUAGAUUAUAUGGCUAGAUCAGCAUGGACUUGGGUUGCAGUGUUUUCGUGUUUGGAGCUUUUUGUAUAAUCUUUCUGGCUGUAGAACUCCCUAGGGCUGCAGGGUAGCUUUCUGUUCAGCAGAAGCUGUCCUUUUGGAAAGCCAGAGAUGGAAGGCCUGGGAAGGAUGGCUGUGAUGUGCACUUUAACAUUAGAGAUCAGCCUUACUCAACCUGGUGCCCAUCAGAUGGUUCGAACAACUCCUGUCUGCAGGGUACCUGGUUGAGGAAGACAAUUUUUAGAGAACCUCAGUAUAGCUGUGACUAUCUUUUCUGUGGCCCAUAUCAGAAUUCUGAUAUUUUUCUGUAUUGCUAAUUGUGUUUUGUAAAGGCCGUAUUCAUUACUCCUCUUUUAGAAUGAACUAUUUUGCUAUGUAUUAUGAACUUGAGUUUGUACACCAGUAGGCUUUAUAGGGCAAAAUACCCUGAUCUCUUGUACAUUUGUGGUUGUGUUGUGUGAUGGAGGUGAAGAUUAACCUACUUGUGAUACAUUUCUACAGCAGCUAUGAUUAAGUAUUUAUUUUUUAAGCAGGAACUGUGAUCCAUAAAUGAUUUAUUAGGUGUCUUUAGGAUAGCUAACCUAUCCUUGCUGUUUGGGCCACCAUCCAGAUCAGGGGAACUCCUAUUCCUUUUUUGCCUCUUUAGAAAUAUGGGAAAAAUGAGUUUUUAAUGGCAACUAAUCUGAAGCUGUCAUUCUCUUGCAGUAGUAGGCAUCUCCAGCCAGUUCUUUUAAAAACAGCCAUCUCAUUUUUCUCCCUUCCUUGGCCAAACUGUAUUACUUUUGUUACUUUGAAUUUCUUUUCAGUGGUAUCCGUUGGGCAGAGGCUUAUUCCAUCAUCAAAGCUGGCAGUGGGAUGUGUGUGUGUCUCCACUGACCUAUAACCCACCUUUAGUCCAUCUGCUUUGCUCUUCCAGGUGCCAGCAAUGAAGCCCUAAAGCCCUCCUCUCUUCCACUAAAUCCUAGGUGUCUUAUCGUAGGCUCAAUUUUAUAAACUAUCCCUUCCUUUUUUAAAAAUGUAAUAAAAACCCAUUAGGUAACAUUUUCCAAAUGCACACACAAACGUAGAUACCGCGUACUUGAAUUUAUGGGAAUUUGUAUUUGUGUCUCAAAUGACUAUCUUUAUCUCUUAAUAAAAUAUUGUUCCUGGGGAAGUUGGUUGCAUUUAUUUAAAAAGAACAUUCCUACGUCCAAUUAGCACUGUUGUGGUGUAAAGGAAUUAUAACAAGUUAUGCUAAAGGUAACUUCCACUUUUGGACAUUUGUGGGAUGGUGGCUAAAACGUCCAUCCAGAAUCUAAAGGGCUUGGAACACCCCACGGCAAAAAUACCAAAGCCAUCCUUUGCUCUAAAAGUCUUACAGAGCUGCAGGAAGUUCAUAGUUGCUACUGACCGCAAGAGCACCAGCUAGUAAGUACCUGAGAGCUAUGCACAUUUCUAGGAAAGCAAAUAGAUAAAAAUUAAGGAUGAGACUGGUGGUUGUGUAGCCAAAUAUAAUAAUUUUGGAGCCUAUCAGCUAGUUUAAUCUAUUGAUUACAUAUCACAUUAGCAGGAUGCCUACAGCUGGCAUAAUAGAUUGUGGAAUUGCCAAAGGGGGGUAAUUAUGUUAGCCAGCUAGAACAAAGAACAAAGGGUCCUAUGGAAUCUCAAAUAUUAAAAUGCAUGAUGGCAAUAAGAUUUCAUGGAUUACCUUGCUGACCCAGUGAACUGUAGUUCACAAAAAAAGCUUGUGCUCUUAAUACAUUUGGUGCCACAAGACUCUUAAGAUUGUGAAAGCGAACUUGUAAACUGUAAUUUGACUUGCAGCUUUGAAAGUCCCCCUAAGCCACCAUAUUACUACUGCAUCAAUACUAAUUUAAGACCAGGAGGUCUAGAUACUUAAUAGGCAUGGCAUUCUGCUACUCCACAAUCACACACCCAACUGGAGGGGAGGAGGGAAAGUCAGCGCUUUCGAGUUUCAAAAAACAAAAAAACAAAACACAGCUCAAAUUCUGAGCUUGUGGAAAGCAUGCCCCCAAAGUAGCUUUUAUUACAAAGCAUGGGAGAUCUUUCAUUACGAUUUACACAAACAUGGGUCUUUUACAUAAUGGAAGGCGCCUAGCAGCAGAGCCGUCUUUUCUAUUGGGUUUACUGGCACGUUGCGCCAGGGCACUGCCUCUCAGGGGCGCCCCAGCGAGUGGGGGAGCUGUGCAGCUUUGCCGGCGGCCUCCCCUUUCCAUGCACGCCUGCCAGCUGUGCCCUGUCAACCAUAUGGCUGGCGGGCAUGUAGCUUGCCUCCCAAGCCUCCGCAGGAGGAGAGUGAUCCCCGCAGAGGCUUGGGGAACAGUCAACAACUCUGGGAAACCGGGUGGGGGGCGCGCGCCGGAUGAAUCUUUGAACCACGGCACUGGAUAUGCUUAAGAUGGCCCUGCCUAGCAGUAGCUCCAACUGAAGCCAGCUGAUUAGAAGCUGGAAAAAAAAUGUUAAAGGAGUGGCAAGGACAGUGGUAUUCAGCCACAAACUGCAGCUCAUACAUCACACUUGAAGGGGCUGUGGAAUUCUAUUACUCCAAGUGGACUUCAAAAAGUUGAAAAAGUCUACUGAAACACUUCAGGAGGUUGAAUUUACAUGUAACAGAGGAACACCAAGUACAGUGGUACCUCGGUUUACGAACAGUCCUUUUUACGAACUCCGCAAAACCGGAAGUAGUGUCUUGGUUUGCAAGCUUUACCUUGGUCUAAGAACGGAAUCUGAACAGUGGAAGGGCACCGGCGGCGGGAGCCCUCAUUAGGAAAAGUGCACCUUGGUUUAAGAACAGUUUCAGUUUAAGAAACUGAACGGAUUAAGUUCAUAAACCAAGGUACCACUGUACAGUGAAUUGGCUAACAAGUUGCCAAUAGGUAGAAAAACCUUUAAAUCUUACAUGAUGCUUCCCAGAAAAUGCCCAGUAUGGUUUCCCCCUCAUGGGUACCUGCUGUACUUCAAAGAAAAGCCCUCUGCUUACAUAUUGGAAAGCUAAAAUGCAUUUUCAAGGUUAACUUGAAGCCAUUUUCUUGCAGAAUGGUGGCAGCUGAACAUAACU